UUUCUCCUCACUACCGUCUGUCUGCCGCGCUCACUUUCGUUCUUGUUCUCUCUCUGCCGUCGCCGCCGCCGCCACACGCGCCUCCUCAGGUAGCUCGUGGCCACGGCCUCGCCGCCUCGGACCUCUCCGUCAAGCGCUGCAACCUGCAAGCGCCAAGCAGGCAGCACAACAGCAGUGCGCCUCCCAGCCCCGUCUCCUUCGAUCGACAGCAGCAGUGCGCGACUGCGCCGCACCGCCGCCCUCACCUAGCCUUCCCCGUCGCCCCGCCUCUGUCAGGCGACCUCCGCAGCAGCAGGAGCUUCCAACGCCCACGUUCCCAACAACAAACCAAGCCAAAAGAUGGCGACAAACCCAAAUGCAGAAGAGCAGACACGUGGAACAGAAAAUGAGCAAGAAGCAAAGCCUGUGCCUGUUGGGUGGUUACAGAAAAUCGAAGAGCAGUAUAGGAAAACCAAAGCACAUGCUGAGGCUUACCCCUAUGUAUGGGGGUCUUAUAUUCUUGUAUACGGAGGUUUUGGCCUAUGGUUAACCUACAGGUGGAGAGUUCUACGCAACACUGAAGACAGAGUUCGAGCUCUUCAAGAGAGGAUCCGCAAACAAAAUGAGGAGGCGUCUAGCUCUGCUAAAGUUGUAGAGAGAAAAGUAAAAUACGGUUCAUCAACACCCAAGCCACCAUCUAUUGAUAAAGCUAACAAAUAGUUGGUUUAAGAUACUGUUGAAAGAUAAAUACUCCCCAGGAAACCUAUGUUUUGCAGUUCUAGUGCAGAGAAGCGGAAGAUUCUGAUGCAAAUACCUCUCUUUCACCCGUCGUUUGAUCAUAUGAACAACAUUUCCAGUCUGUGCGUUGAUAUUCACAUGGAAAUUACUGAAUUGGGCCUACUUCACGCCGAAGAGGCUGGGAGAAGCCCUCACUAAGCAAGGGUUUAAAGGUAAUUCCUACAAAUUGGUGUAUGGCGACUUGAAAGAACUGAUGCAGUUGAACAUGGAAGCCAGGAACAAGCCCAUCAAUCUUGAUGAUGAUAUCAAGAAUAGAGUUGCGCCUUUUCUCGUCAACACUAUUCACAAGCAUGGAAAUGAGUCGUUUAUUUGGUCUGGGCCAAGGCCUUGCAUUAUCCUGACUGAUCCGGAGCUAGUUAAGGAGGUUCUGACCAAGAGCUAUCUGUACCUAAAGCCGGAGAACACGAAUCCGAUGACGAAGCUGCUUGCACAAGGACUUGUGAGCUAUGAGAAAGAUGAAUGGGCCAAGCACAGAAAAAUCAUCAACCCUGCUUUCCAUCUUGACAAAUUGAAGCUCAUGAUCCCAGCCUUCUAUUUGAGUUGUGAUGAAGUUCUGAAAUCGUGGGAAAAGAAUGUUUCAUCGGAAGGAUCUUACGAGGUGGAUGUGUGGCCUUAUUUAAAAAAUCUAACGAGCGACGCAAUAUCAAGAACUGCAUUCGGUAGCAGCUACCGAGAAGGGAGGAGAAUAUUCGAGCUUCAACGAGAACAAGUUGAGCACAUCAUGCAAGCUGCCCCCAUAUAUGUUCCGGGAUGGAGAUUUGUGCCCACAAAAAGGCACCGGAGAAUGAAACAAGUUGAGAGAGAAGUUCAGUCAACAAUUCGAGGUCUCAUUAGUAAAAGGAUGGAGGCUAUGAAGACGGGAGAGGCUAGACACGAUGAGGACUUGCUAAGUAUAUUGUUGGCGUCCAACUCCCAAGAAAUCGAGGAAAGUGGUAACAAGAGUUCCGGGAUGACCAUAGAUGCAGUAGUGGAGGAGUGCAAGCUGUUCUAUUUUGCUGGGCAGGAGACUACCUCCGUGUUGCUUGUUUGGACAAUGGUUUUACUGAGUAGAUAUCCCGACUGGCAGAGACGAGCCAGGGAAGAGGUCGUGCAAGUCUUUGGCAACCGGAAGCCAGAUUUCGAUGGCCUGAAUCAGCUCAAGAUUGUUACAAUGAUUUUUUAUGAGGUGUUGAGGCUUUAUCCGCCGGUGAUAGCUAUUGUCCGCAGAGCCAGUGAGGAAGCCAAGUUGGGGAAAUUUACGUUGCCAGCCGGAGUUCAGCUUUCACUGCCAACAAUUGUAUUACAUCACGACACGAAAAUCUGGGGAGACGAUGCGAUGGAGUUCAAUCCACAAAGAUUCAGUGAAGGAGUGGCCAAGGCACAAAAGGGACCAGGUAUAUAUUUCCCUUUUAGCUGGGGACCUCGAAUAUGUAUAGGGCAAGCGUUUGCAAUGCUGGAGGCGAAAAUGGCGGUGGCCGUGCUUCUACGAAGCUUCUCGUUCGAGCUUUCUCCGUUGUACACGCACGCGCCUCUCAGUGUGAUUACUACUCAACCUCAGCAUGGUGCUCACCUGCUCCUGCACAAGCUCUAGAUUUUCAGUGUUCACAGUUUGAUAAUGUAUAGAUAUUAUUGUAAUAGUUGUUUCAUAAAUCUUCAACACAGCCCUUCUUGAUGCAUGAUAUAUUGUACAGCCUAAACCCUAAACCCUUUUGAUAUUUGGACUUUAUAUUGCAAUAAAAUCAUUGCUCAAGAUUUGCCAUCAA